AUGGUUCUACCUGCAUGUUACGAUAUAAACAUGAUUAAUCCAAGUAGAAUAUGGCAAACUGAUAAUGUCUUAAAAAACGAGCUUCCGAUUCUCGCAUUUCAAGUCGGUUUUGUGGUGCUGAUUUCUCGUUGCUUCUUCUUUAUAUAUAGACCUCUUCAUCUACCUCGUAUCUUGUCCCAACUCUCGGUUGGUUUUCUACUAACUCCGCCAUUAAUUGGGAAAUACACGGAGGUUUUCACAUUCAUUUUUCCGGUGACCGGUGUUCUUAACGUUGAAGUUCUAUCGCAUAUUGGUAUAAUCUAUUAUGCAUUUCUGAGUGGUUUGGAGAUAAACUUGAAUGUGAUUUUACAUGUCAAGAAGAAAGCGGGAAGCAUUGCGGUUGCCGGGAUAGUUUUUCCGAUGAUGAUGGGACCGCUUUUAUAUAAACUACAUAGAAUAAGUUAUGACAAAGGUGAUGAGGCGGCAAUUGAACCAAGUACACUGAAUGCUUAUGUAUUAUGGACUUUAGUUCUUACUGUCACUGGUUUUCCUGUUAUAGCUCAUUCUCUUUCUGAGUUGAAGCUUCUGUAUACUGCUCUUGGUGAAGCUGCAUUAACAGCUUCUAUGGUCAGUGACACAUAUGCAUGGCUUUUAUUCACACUGUUUGUUCCGUUUUCGAUUAAUGGUAAAGACGCGAUAUACUCGGUGUUGAGUACAAUAAUAUUUGUUAUCAUUUGCAUCUUCAUUGUGCGUCCUAUCAUUGUUCAAGUCAUCGAUCGCAUGACGGAAAGAGACGAAUGGGAUGAUAACAAGUUGCUUUUUGUGGUUAUGGGACUUUUGGUUUGCUCACACAUAACAGAUAUUCUUGGUACACAUGCUGUUGUUGGUGCUUUUGUGUAUGGAUUGAUUUUGCCUCAUGGGAAAUUUGCUGACAAAGUGGUGUCAGCCUCAGAUGAUUUUGGAAUCGGAUUUCUCGCGCCGCUGUUCUUUAGUGGCACAGGAAUGAGACUCAUGAUUACCACCAUUUUCAAACAGCAUAACUGUUUUGUGACACUUAUUAUUAUAAUCUUGCUGUGCUCUAUAAAGAUUCUAGGCACUAUGUUUGCAGCUUUCUUCUUUGGCAUGCGCAAUCGUGACAGUUUCGCUCUAGGCUUGAUUCUGAAUACCAAAGGCGCCAUUGCACUCAUAAUGCUCAACAUCGCUUGGGAUCGAUCGAUUCUUGCUGUACCAACCUAUGUUGUUCUAUCCUCUUCAGUUCUUCUAAUGACUAUAGUGGUGUCUCCUAUCAUCAAUGCCAUUUACAAGCCUAGAAAGAGAUUUGAGCAAAACAAGUUGAAAACCAUACAAAAGCUAAGAAAUGAUGCAGAACUCAGGAUUCUAGCAUGUGUUCACAAUACUCGACAAGCCACCGGGAUUACAAGCCUAAUCGAAUUAUUCAAUGCCACUAGGAUUUCGCCAUUACAUGUUUUCGCACUUCAUCUUGUCGAACUCACAGGACGCGCCGCAGCACUUGUUGCUGCUCAUAUGGAGAAACCAAGUGGCCAACCAGGAGCACAGAAUCUAACACAAUCUCAAGUAGAACAAGAAAGCAUCAACAACACGUUCGAAGCAUUCGGAGAAGUAUACGAUGCUAUACGAGUCCAAACAUUGAACGUUGUCUCCGCCUUCGAAACCAUUCACGAAGAUAUAUACAAUUCAGCUAACGAAAAACGCACCAGCCUGAUCAUCAUUCCGUUUCACAAACAGUUAAGCUCAGAAGGCGCACUCGAAACAACCAGGGUCGUGUAUAGAGACAUAAACAUGAAUGUCAUGCAAAGUGCACCUUGUUCAGUAGGAAUAUUCGUCGAUCGCGAUAUCAAUUCUAUACCAAAAACAAACUUCUGUAUCCGUAUGAUCUUCGUUGGUGGACCGGACGACCGCGAAGCCAUGGCAGUUGCAUGGAGGAUGGCAGGUCAUCCAGGAAUCAACCUAUCAGUGGUGAGAAUGCUUCUGUUUGAUGACGCUGCAGCAGUGGACACAUCAGUUAAUGUUGAAUCACAAGGUAUACUAUCAGCAGUAAUGGAUAACGAGAAACAAAUGGAGUUAGACGACGAAUACGUGAAUUCGUUUCGACUAACAGCAGUGAACAAUGAUGACUCUAUUACAUAUUCAGAGGUUGAUGUUCAUUUAGGUGAAGAUAUUCCGAAAAUACUUAACCAGAUAGAUUCAUAUGGUUGUGAUUUGUAUAUAGUUGGACAAGGUAAUUGUAGAAACUCUCAAGUGUUUUCAGAUAUGUUGGAAUGGUGUGAUUGUCCGGAACUUGGAGUUAUAGGGGAUAUUUUGGCGUCGAAUAAUUCUGGUUCACGUUCUUCUGUGCUGGUUGUGCAACAAUAUGGAUAUGGAGGAAUGGUUUUAGGAAAACAGUCUAAAAAUGUGAGUACUAAUGAGGAUGGUAGUAAGACACUUGUUGUGAAAUCAGAAUAA